AUGGACGGGCGGGAGUUUGGUCUCAAGCGCAGUGACUCUGCUCGAGAAAACGACAAGAAUAGCCCGAGGCAGGGGGUGGCCUUGAAAGACGGAGAAACACGACUAUUGAAGAGAGGCAAAAGUUACAUGCGGACAUGGCAGUUUCUGAAUACCACCACUAAGGAUCUUGAGAUACAUUUCGAUGACAAUUGGACGAAAAGCAGCAGCGCAAAACAACAAUCCCGGCAUGAAUCGCUGGGACUAUCGCUCAGCACCAUUCCGUGCAAUGCACGAUCCAAGUUUGACCCGGUUCUCAUGUCAUAUUUCGAGCAGAUUAUUUGCAGUAGCUCUACGCUGGUGGACAAUGUUCUUUAUAAUCCGUACCGCUACCUGAUUCUUCCCAUGGCCCUCCAGUCUCAAGCUCUCUACCACGCGACCCUCGCCAUUGCCGCCAAUACGCUGAAAUUAUCCGACCCAAGAUACAGACUCCCCGCAUUAGAACAUCAUCAUCGCGCUUUAAGUCACCUUCGAACUCUUUUAUCGCGUGAUUUGUGGACGGAGAAAGAACUGGAUGAAAUGCUCGGACUCGUUCUAAUGCUAUGUUGGUUCGAUGUAGGACACAAUCCUCCUGGCCAACUACCCCAGUCAUUCACUAACACAACCCAGAUCUCAGAUAGCAGUCGGCCAUCAUGGGUCACACAUUUGACCGGGUUCCAAGAUCUGAGCAGAACACGACAAAGUCGCCCUGGCCGCUCAUCUCACAGCCAGGACCUGGCGAGCUUCUUCGAUCGCUAUUUUGCUUUUCACCUUGUUCUUGCGCGGACUUCGUUUCGAGUUAACGACCUACCAUGCGAAUCACCACCUCUUCCAGUCAGCUUACUUGAGAACCCCGACACGAUUGACCCAUACAUGGGAUUCAGCCACUCACUACUCCUCUUAAUCAACCAAGUUGCCGAACUAGCAAGGAACCAGACCGAUAACCAAAAAAACACCCAGAGUACAGCAGUCUCAAAACUAAGGAAAAGUCUCGAAGGACUUGAUCAAGUACUACCAUCGCAAUGCGAUGAUCCAAACACAGAGUGUGCCGCAAUCGCCGAAGCAAAUAGACUAGGAGCCCUACUCCUUCUCCAAGAGAUAUGUUCCAUAAAAUCGGCCUUGCCUAGCAAUCUACGUCAACAGUCAAUCGGAACGCAAGAGAAGGCUCAAUAUGUCAAGUUAAUUUUGAACCUGAUGCUGGAGAAAAAAGCAAAUAUGAUGCGGACCGCUGUGCUACCGCUAUGGCCUCUCUUCUUAGCAGGAUGCUGUGCUUCCAGGGAGGAAGAAAGGAUUACAGUGAUGCAAUUUUUCGAUGAGGUGGAAGGCAUUCAUCGCUUUGGGAAUGUCGCGCCUGCUAUGGAAGUUAUUGAAAUGGUCUGGAGACAGCAGGAUCUGUCUGUACAAGACGAAAGGAAGCGCCAAAGGAGUGUAAAUUCAAACGAGGGACGCGACGAGCCGCACAAAUUUCGGUUUCCAUGGGAGCACGCAAUGUUCAUGUUAGGCGAUUGGAAGCUUAGCUUGACCUGA